AUGGAGGUGAAUCAGCUCAAGAGAAGCUUUCUUGAGUACGCAGGUCUCUUGUUUCGUGAGGGGUUUUUGGAUGGUCAGUUUAGUCAGCUUCAGCUGCUUCAAGAUGAGACCAACCCUGAUUUUGUUGUUGAGGUUGUGUCCCUUUUCUUUGAUGAUUCUGAUAGGCUUCUCAAUGAACUCUUUGCGGCUUUAGAUGAGCAUAGUGUGGACUUUAAGAAACUUGAUGCUCAUGUUCACCAGUUCAAAGGCAGCAGCGCCAGCAUUGGUGCUCUGAGAGUGAAGAACUCAUGCAUUGCUUUUCGCAACCUUUGUGCUGAGCAAAAUGCUGAAGGGUGCCUGAAAUGUUUGAAGCACAUAAAUCAAGAGUACAUGCUACUCAAGACCAAGCUCCAAGGACUAUUUCGGUUGAAGCAACAGAUUGUUGCUGUUGGUGGGACGAUUCCUAUAUUGAGUGUGUUCGUCUGA